AUGGAAGACCUGCUCAGGGCGCUGCGCAACAUCGGCCUGGCGCUGCCGGACCCGGAGCAGCUCCUCCAACUCUCUGACCCGGAUCCCGAGGUCCAGUCCAACCUAGCACAGCUCAUCGCGCUCAACCCGAGCACCCACGAGUACCAAGACGAGCCUCGGGAUGAGCACGAUGCAGGCGCUGCCGACGGCGAUGGCGGCUCAGACGACGGCGACGCUCCCGCCAUGGAUCCCCUCAUGGACGCCGAUCUCUUCCGCGGCGCCGUCCAGGCGCUCCUCGAAAACUACAACAAGUUCAUCGACAAGGAGCGCGAUGCCCUCCAGCGCGAACACGCUGCCCUCGCGUCGCCCAAGAAGAUCAAGCCGGUCCCCUUCCGCGCCCUCAUGGCACGUCAGGACGCCGAGAUCAAGAGGAGGGCAGAAGAGGUCCACGCCGCCGGCUGCGACCCCGACACGGGCCGCAAGCGCAGGCGCUUCUACCUGCCGCGCCAGACUUUUGACGGCUACGGCAGCUACGCCUCCGACAAGCCCCUCGUCGACCUCUCCCGGCUCGAUGCAGACGACUUUGCCGCGCCCAAGCGCUUCGAGGGCCGCUACCUCCUCUGCCGCGUCGCCUCCCGCCUCAACCUCUACGUCAGCUGCACCUUCAUCGCCACCCUGCCCUCUGGCCACGCCAUCCCCGUCUCGAUCUCUCACUUUACACCAAAUCUCCAUCUGUCCGGCGCCGACCUCGAUGCCCACCUGCCCAUCGGCACCGUCCUGGCCAUCCGUGAGCCCUACAUCAGCCAGAACCACUUUGGCAAGGGCGGCCCGGCGCUCGGCGGCAAGAACGUGCCCGGCGUCCGCGUCGACACGCCGUCCGACGUCCUCAUCGUCGAUGGGCUCGGCCAGCACGACGAACACCUGCUGCAAGGCGUCGAGUGGCAGGCGCUGCAGGUCGAGGCUGCACCGGCAGACCAUCUUGCGACGAUCGAGGACAUCUGGAAGCAGAGCCCCUGCGCAGCCAACACCAAGGGCUGCCGAUGGCUGCAGGACGGCCCGCUCUCGAGGUUUGCCGCAAGACGGCUUAAGGCCCACCAAGAGCAGCGGGAAGGCUCCACAAGUCAUCAGAAGCUCGAAACCGCACUCGAGGCACUCGACGAGGCCGAGCGGCGGGCGCUCGCCCAACGCACCCGUCAGCUUGCCGAAUCCCUGCUCCAGCACAACCGCCCUGGCGCGGCCCUUCGAGAGGUGGCAGCGGCGCGCCUGCUGCGCGUCCUCGGCCAGGAUCCCAAAUUCGACGGCCGCGACCUGGAGCUCGAGGGCCGGAUCCUGCACCAUCUGGGCGACUACGAACGGGCCAACGCCGCGUUUGAAGCGGCGCUCAAGCUGGCCGCGGCGGCGGGCGAGGAUGCCGCCUCGGCGGGAGAGCGCGUCUACCCGCACCUCGUGGCGGCGCGGGCGGCACAGCAGUCGGCGGCCGAGGGCCCCAGCCACGAGAACGUGUGGUCGUACUACUUUGACUCGUCGAGCUACCCCACGCCGCGAUUCGACCAGGGCGACUGGCUCGGCGCCGUGGCCGUGCAGGACAUUCCGGGCGCCGGGCGCGGCCUGGUGCUGACGAGGGACGUCGAGGAAGGCGAGCUGCUGCUGUCGUGCAAGGCGGCGGCCAGCAGCUACGCCAUCGACAGCGGCUGCAAGGGCAUCUACCUGCUGCGCUACACGGUCGAGACGGGCGUGACGAGCACCACGACCCAGGUGCUGGCGGCCACCAAGAGCAUCCACGCCAUGCUCGACCGGCCCGAGCGGGCGCUGCCCAUCAUGGGCCUCACCGCCGGCCCGGGCGUCCCCGACUCGCGCUGGGUGUCGCAGCCGUACCCGCCGUACCCGGUGCCGCCCAAGCGAUCCUCGGGCAAGCCGUCGGCCGACUCGAUCGCCCUCGCCAUGUCCGGGAUCGAGGGAGGCAUCGCGGCCCUCUCGCUCAACGGCGGCGGCGGCGGCGGCGGCGCCGUCUCGCCCAGGGUCGAGCACUACCGCGCCGUGCUCCUCGCCGGGCUCGACCGGCCCUCGAUCGACUCGAGCUACGUCGAUGGCGUGCUGCGCUUCAACGCCUUUGGUCCGGCACCCAACCCGGGCACGGCCGAGUCGGACAGCGGCGGCGCGCUCGACGCUUCGGAGCUGUCGCGCUCGACCAUGGUCCAUCCGCUGCCCGCCAUCCUCAACCACGCCUGCCUGCCCAACGUGUCGUCGGUCUUUUUCGGCGACGUCGUCACCACGCGGGCGCUCCACCCGCUCAAGGCCGGGACCGAGAUCAUGCACCAGUACGUGCGCGGCGAGCAGCCCUGGCCCCUCCGCCGCUCGCAGCUCUCCAAGCACGGCUUCGUCUGCCGCUGCGGCAUCUGCCUGCUCGACGAGCGCGACGGCGACGAGGCGUGCAGGACGCGCCAGAAGCUCGUCGGCGGCAGCUUCCCCAUGCUGCUCGAGCGCAGCCGGAUCCUGCUCAAGGACGACGGCGCAAAGGGCCAGAGCGAGGCCGAGCGGCAGGACGACCACCGCGACCUGGCAUCCAGCCUCGAGGACCUCGUCGACCAGGUCCAGGCCACCUACCACGCCGAGCGCGGACAGCUGCGGCCGGAUCUCAUGGCCAUCUGGCAGAAGAUUGCCCAGCACCGCGCCAAGUUUGACGUCGAGGCGGCAAAGGACGACGAGCGCAACGCCCUCGCCUCGAUCGGCGCCGUCCUCGCGCUCCAUCCCGCGGCCACGGCAGGCAUGGGCCCGGACCUCAAGGCCGCCUCGAUGCUCUCGCGCCUCCCCGACCUUCACUUUGACGGCGCCAUCAAGUCGAUGCUCGCCCUCUCCUCUCUGUGUCUCGCCCAAGACGAGGGCAUCGCCAAGCGGUGGGCACAGUCGGCGCUGUGGGCCCACGAAUGCACCAUCGGCGGCGGGCCCGACGUCUUUCUCGACAGGUGGGAGGCCGGGUACGCUGGGCUGCCGGUGCGCAAGUGGAUCAAGUGA